AUGAUCUCCAUGCAACGCUCUCUCUCUUCGCCAGUCCGCAUUCACUCCUCCCCGCCCGUAUCACCCACCGAGGCCACCACGCACGACUCGAGAUCUCCCACCCCGUCCCCCGAUGACUAUGUCGCCAUUGCCCUCCCACGUCGAUACCGAUCUCGUAGCCCGAACCACAAGCUGGAUCUGAACCAGACUCUGCCGGUGCGCCGCAGCGAGGAUGCUUCCUCCAGGACGGGUAACCAACACCAGCAGCCUUCCAACAUGACCUCCUCCUCCUCCUCCUCCCGGAAGCCGGUUGUGGCACAACCAACUCCUCCUACCCACGGCCACUCCAGGCACAACUCUGGGAAGCUAUCGGCCUCUGGUAUCCAAUCCCAACUGGCGAACGACAAGGCCUCGACCACCUUCCCUCAGCCUCUCCUGCAGGACAUCUCCCUCUAUACAAACUCCCACCUGAUCCCCGAUAAUGACAAUACGAGCCUGGAGGAGCUUGCGCAUCUUGUGCGCCUCUCCAAGUACCAGGAGCGCAAGCGUGCUAACAACCGGAUCCGAUUGCAGAGGACACUAAUCUCUACAGCCCUCAGCGCUCGACUCACGCGCGCCGGAGAGGUUGCCCAUCGAAACCUCGUGGAUACUUUUCGCCGGGACGAGAAGGACAAUUUCGCUGCUCUGUAUAAUGCCAUCCAUGAUGUACGAAAAAGCUGUGAUGAACUACGCCGAUAUGCCCUUCUGGAGUCGGAUAUGGAAUCUCUGGCCUCGCACGAUCUUGCAUCUCCCGAAGCCCAAGCCACCGCCUCACUCGCAUUUGGCCCUUCCCUCUCAGUGAACUCGUUCUUGCACGACAUAUCUGCAGAUGCCAGGGUAACUUUCCUUGAUUUUCUGACCCAGCUUCGGACUAACCCAGACUACUUGGCCACAAGAAUAUGUGCCCUGACGAGUUCGGAGCUGAACGCCUUUCUUACUUAUCAUAAAGGUUUAGAGCCCGUGGAAUCUGUCCUUCCGUUCCACGGCCGGUCAGCAGCAAGAUCACACGCGAGUGCGUCUGUGAAGGGAGGUGCCAAUGGCGACAUCGAGCGACUCUUGUCCUUCCAACGACACGACCCGCUAUCCAUCCUAAUCCAUGCUUGUUUUGCCAACUCGGCUGGUCCGGACAGUUCUGAGGACCAACGACGUACUGAUAUUUGGGCGACAGCACUGGCAAGGUUAAUAGCCGAACCAAAGUCCACCGGCGAGCAUUUCAUCAUAUCUGUUUUGAAUAUUUGGACUGCCAUGCGGGACUGGUCCGGCAAAUCAAAUAUGGAAUGGUAUCUAAUGAAGAUUCUCAAAGACGGUGCGUUCCUCCUGGAACGAGCCGAGGAUCAGCAUGGUACCCGAUUCAAUCUUUCCGACUGGAACCACUCCGACGAAGUUGCCGCCAAGGAAUUCUAUAACAAUGCGGUCGACGAUUUGUUUGAAAUGAUCGACGACGACGACGCCACCGGUAUCCCCGAAGGCCUUCUCGAGCUAGGAAACGCAAUCCUCAAAAGGCUGGACCGUAAACUGGUCGAAAACACUUCUAGAUGGCUGGUAUGGAGGUGCCUCUUUUUCGUCUUUCUGCUGGGCGUCAUCAUUCACCCUGAAUCGUAUGGCAUGCUUGUGGACUACCACAUCACUCCAUAUGCCCGAGAGAAGAUCUUGAAAAAGGUUGCCUUGAAGGCUCAUGAAUAUGUCUCUAGUAUGUGGAGCGGUAAGCCUUCAGCAACAUGCGUCCCUGUGGAGGUCCCUCCAAAGAUCAAGGGCCAUGUGGAAAGCAUCUUGGCGAGAUUCCAAGGGUCGCGGUCCAAGGUCCCUGCGGCCAAGCUCCUGCCAGCGAGAUCAAUCACCUCCCUGAGGGAGACCGUGGAAGUACACCCGUACUUGGUCAUCAGCCCUGCGGAUUUGCUCUCUCUGGUGAACGCACUGUUCCCAGAGCGUAGACCCUUAUCUGCCGCCUCUAGCACAUUCAGAUCUGGCCCAGCGUCCAUUUCAGGAAUGUCAGCCAUCUCGCAGCCAAUACCUUUCUCGCAACCCAAGAGCUUCGACACAGUGUCCAUUAUCAGCACCAGUGCCUCUUCUGUUUUGAGCGACACAACGACGUCGCCCGAUGGCUUUAUGGAUGAUGGAGCGUCAACAACUCCUCAGCGUUACUCGCCCCCAAUGGACUCCGAGGCACAGAGGCGCCUGAGCAAGUACGAGGACGACGGUUACAGACUUCGUCUUGCUCUGCACGAAAUGACCCAAACCCUCGGGCCUGAAGUUAUGCGGGGUUCUUGUCAUCCAUGCGCUGAGCGCUGGAUGGUUCUUUUCAUCUCCACCGACGGUAAAAGCUUAUCAACUCAUAUGACCUAUGAUCCCGACGAAGAGUUUGACGAGGAGGAAAACUCCUCCAGCACCGAUACUGACGAGGAUGAGGCGAAUAGCGGCCCCCCUCUAGACAAGGAUUACCACCAACUCCGUGAUUCCAUUCUUCGCCUGGUGCAAGACUACGAGAUCCCGAGGAGCCUUGAGCCUGAGGGAACCGCGCAGUUGAGCAAUCGCGCAUCGGGCUUGAAAAAGUACCGGUCAAGGAACAAAGUCAUCAUGACUGAAAGUUCAAUGGCCAGCCGCAAUCCCUACAGAAGGCACGCUAACGCGGAGACCUCAUCUCUCGCCUCAUCGGCAAGGCGUGACUCCAAGGUGUCCGACGCGGGUGAAGCAGAUGACGGUCCAGAGCCAGUCCUCAUCACUAUGCUCAAAGCAGCUUCUUCACAAUCCAAAGCACAGGCUGACUUCGUGUCUUCUCAUGUGUACUGGAAGACGUUGAAGCAGCUCAAUGCUCUCACGUCGCCUUCGCUUCGUCAGAACGGAUUCGCUGCUCUAAUCAAUAUCUUCUCUCGUGGUCCUCGUGACACGAUUCGCAGAUCCGCUGCGGCUAUCGAGGACUACGAUGCUUGGCUCAUCUGGCUGAAACAGAGUCAGGAGCGUCACGAAGGCCUGAUCGAGCGGAUGAUGAAGCGAGUAAGAGCAGUUCGGGACAAGAUGUGGUACGUGACUGAUGUGCGCAACUCUAAGGAAUUCGCACACAGCCGCGACAUCUGCCAAGCAUUAAAAACAAUGGGGAUUUCUCGUCAUUCAAGCUCAUUCUUGCGGUCACGAGCGAAGAUGGCCCGCGGGCAAGGUCCUUCUUAUUUAUAUCGUACCGAGUCCCAAAUCAUGGAUCUUCUCGCAGCUUCGGAAGAGCAGGGAGGACCAAAUAAGCUAAGCGAUGAUCAGGCUGAGUUGACAACGGCUUGGUUAAAGCAAUAUGGCAUGGAGAACUUCUGCCAAGGCGAGGAGAGAAUACAUCGUUUCUGCUGUGAGGUGGAUCGGUGCAUUUCCAAGCUUGUUGGAGAAACGCUUCGCGAAGCUCCAGUUCUAUGGUCUAGCGAGCUCUACAAGAGGGACAAGCUCGUUUACGAUAGACUCAGGGCUCGAGAACGUGAGCAGUCCUGGUCCGCUGAUGACAACGCAAGUAUUAUCAGUGAUGGAGAUCGAAGAUUCGGCUCAUCCUCAAGCCGCCCAGGCUCCAUCAACCGAGAUCUUCGCAGCGGGUCUGCCCCCAGCCAGCACUCUUUUGACUCCUCAAGACACGGCUCUCAUCGGGGGAGUGCACCAUUGUCAGAUAUGAUGGAAGGGCACGAGUACUUUGACAGAGGCUCUCCGGUGAAUAACAUGGAUUCAUCGAGUACUUUCUGGACCCCCUUUCAACCAGCAAUGUCUCCGAGCUCAGGAAUAUCACGAGCAUAUUCACCAACUACAAGUUUGACGAACCUUUCAACAACUUUUUCUGGGCCUAACCAUGGCUUGCUUCCUUCAAAUUCAAGCUUUUCUACAGGGAGGCCAGGGACUUCGGCUUCGUCGAAUGAGACGGUCUUUCAACACCGUGCUGAGGAUGAGAAGACUCGGUUUCUCAAUGAGCUCAAGCAGUCGUUGAUUAGCCUAUUACUAUCCGACCUUGGCAGCCAGGUUUUGGCGCAUGGUUGUGAGACCGACGUGUGGUUCAACCAAAUUGGACAACAAUGCAUCGAACGCAAGAACGCCCUGGAUCGACGUGCUCGCCGGAACAAAGAAAAGUCACACCGGAACCUAGCACGUCCUAGGGUCAUUGAGAAGAAGAAGAGCUUUGGGAACCUACGCGUUGCUGGCGAUACGUCCUCUGAUCGGGCAUCUGAUAUUGCGGAUGAUCGCUCUCUGCCAGGCAAUGAGACACCAACGGCUUCGAGUGAAGCGGGCGCCCGUAGCAACUCCUCCCAGAAAGACGAGGAUGGGGCAUUUCCAUUCCGAAAGUCGUAUCAACGAUUGCUUAAUAUGUUCUCCGUCCAUCCAAACCCCUAUGCCAAGUUGAAUGCCCUGAAUGAACUGGAGAGCCUAAUAAUCGCUUCACUGCAAUCAAAUGGCAACAAGAGGCCUCGGUGGAAUAGGUCUGAUGCUGGCUCCAGUGUUGUGGAGGAGCACGGACGGGACUACAAACCAACGCUGCUCGAAGGUACCAUUGGCAAUGUCAGGGAGCGGCGAUCACAGGCCUUGCAGCAUUCCUCCCUAGCUUCGAAUGGGCUGGGUAGUCAAGGCCGGCAAAAUGGAUCCGACAUAAGAUCCAUCGGUUCGACUGGUGCCGGUUACACAGAUUUGAUUACCAGCGAACUACAAAUUCUGUUCCGCGAUUCAUCCAUCCGGCCACAGUCACUAUUCCGCGACCUACAGCUCAUUGCUUCAUUCGUGACUCCAUCUGUUCUCGACAAGCCGGACCGCGGAAAAGCUUUCUGGAACACCGGCCUGGCCGCCUUAAAGAUCAAGUCCGAGGUGUGCAGGACAAUGGUGGAAAUGGCAGACGAGAUUGUGGCUGCACACACGAAUGUCCGCAAGACGGUGAAUGAAGCUACGGUUGAUGUUAUGCCAUCUUCGACAGGCACACCGCCCCCUCCCUCUACGGCAUACAAGCUUGAAGAUGCUGGCAAAAUGUACGCCAUCACAGCCAAGGAGGGCUACCCCACCGCUCAAAGAGAGCUGGCCCUGUUCUAUCUCUCAAACCCAGAAUUUGUGGAAAGGACUACGCUUCCACUUUCAAAGCCACGAGAGGUGUUCAAGCAAACGGUCAUGGACAAGUACGGCCGUAAUGAUAGAGGCAGGGCCUCUGGGGGAGGUGGAGGUGUAGGCUCACUAGGUCAUCCCGGACCUGGAGGAAGAGGAGGUGGUAACGGCGGUGGUGGGCUCGGAGAUGCUGGUGGCAAUGAAGGCGAUGUCCGGAAUGACCCUGGUCUGAUGUGUGUUGCUGUCCACUGGAUGGAGGCAGCGGAGCAAGGUGGUGAUGAACUGGCCAAGAGUUUCUUGCGCCAGAAUGAGUUUAUGGGGCUUGGCUAA